CCCGGCGCGCCGCGGGGCGGGCAGCGGCGCCCCGGGCGGGCGCGGAGCGGCGGCCGAGGUCGGGCGGCUGCGGGCAGAGCGCGGCCGCGUCCCCCGGCAGGAUGUCGGGGUCGCGCUGCCAGACGCUGUACCCCUUCUCCGGGGAGCGGCACCGGCAGGGGCUGCGCUUCGCCGCGGGGGAGCUGAUCACGGUGCUGCAGGUGCCGGACGGCGGCUGGUGGGAAGGGCAGAAGGAGGACGGGCUGCGCGGCUGGUUCCCGGCCAGCUACGUGCAGCUCCUGGAGCAGAAACCCAGAAAGGCAACUCCUCAGACGGGAGAAGACAGCUUGAAUGGCCAUCUUCCCCCCGGCUGGCAGAGCUAUAUGUCUCCCCAGGGCCGAAGGUACUAUGUGAACACCUUCACGAAUGAAACGACCUGGGAGCGGCCAAGCAGUGUGCCUGGGACUCCCAAGAGCCCUGUGUCACAGAAGAGUUCUACAGUGAAUGGCUACCACAUCUCUGGGACCCCGGUACACCAGCUUGACUCUGGUCAUAUGAGCCUCCGAAAAGCCAGUGGGGACCCCCAGAGCCCGGGGUCCCCGGCGGCGCCGCCGCGGCGGCAGAGCAAGGAGAGCAGCCUGACGAUAAAUUGUGUGACUUUCCCCCAUCCUGACGUAAUGCCAGAGCAGCAGUUGCUGAAACCUUCAGAGUGGAGCUACUGUGAUUAUUUCUGGGCUGACAAGAAGGAUUCGCAAGGGAACAAUACAGUGUCGGGAUUUGAAAUUCUUCUUCAAAAGCAACUGAAAGGGAAACAAAUGCAGAAAGAAAUGGCAGAGUUUGUUCGAGAAAGGAUAAAGAUUGAGGAAGAAUAUGCUAAGAACCUGUCCAAACUGUCUCAGAAUUCGUUGGCUGCUCAGGAAGAAGGCACGUUGGGAGAGGCUUGGGCUCAGCUAAAGAAGAGUCUAGCUGACGAAGCAGAGGUUCAUCUCAAAUUUUCUUCUAAGCUUCAGAGCGAGGUAGAGAAGCCCCUCCUUAACUUCAGAGAGAACUUUAAGAAAGACAUGAAGAAGUGUGACCACCAUAUUGCAGACUUACGGAAGCAUCUGGCCAGCCGCUAUGCAGCUGUUGAAAAGGCCCGGAAAGCCUUGACUGAGAGACAGAAGGAUCUGGAAAUGAAAACCCAGCAGCUAGAGGUGAAGCUCAGCAACAAGACAGAAGAGGAAAUUAAAAAGGCGAGACGGAAGUCCACUCAGGCGGGAGAUGACCUGAUGCGCUGCGUGGAUCUUUACAAUCAAGCCCAGUCCAAGUGGUUUGAGGAAAUGGUGACUACCACUCUGCUCAGCUUCCAAGAAAAAUAUGGACUUGUUUUCCUUCGUGUCCAGGAGCUUGAGAGACUAGAAGUUGAAAGGGUGGAGAUGAUUCGGCAGCAUCUUUGCCAAUAUACACAGCUGCGGCAUGAGACAGACAUGUUCAACCAAAGUACAGUAGAGCUCGUGGAUCAGUUGCUUCGGAAAGUGGAUCCUGCCAAAGACAGGGAACUGUGGGUAAAAGAACACAAAACUGGAGAUAUCCGACCUGUGGACAUGGAAAUAUAGACUGUUCUGUAGUUGUAUGUGAUGAGUCCACUGAAGUAACCAGGCUAAUGUUUGUUUUUUAAGGGUCAGAAGCGCAUAGGGAAAAGGUUGUUCCACUACCAGACACCUUGUAAUUUAUGCCUGUGUGGGCUAUCUCUGUUACAUUUAGUCAUUAAAAUGGUCCUCAUUGUGCUAAGCCUUAAGCAGACAUUCCAGGGUGAAGAAACCAGAUGUGUGCUUCCCAGCAGAGGUUCCCAAUUGCACGCAGCUUCCAGAAGAAAUUUGCUUUCUGGUGAAGAGAGAGAGUUCUGUUCUUCAGUGACCUUGUGCUACAUCCCUUGCAUGACUAUCUUUAUACAGUAUGUUAGAACAACUGUGCAGUGCGCCUCUGGCCAGCGAGUAGAUAAAUGUUUGAACAUGACGCAGGAGGCAGGGAAGUCCUGAUCAUGAAUCCCAGGUCUGUCACUGACUGCUUUCAUGGCCAUAGGCAAGUUGAUUAACUUUUCUGGCUCCCCCAUCUCUAAACCCGCAUGUCUCGCAGCAAUGUUGUGCAAAUAGAUUUAUUUCAUAUAACACCAUUUCCCACCACGGCAGUGAAGUGAUGGCCCUUCUCCCAAAAUCUGUGGAGAAGACUCCUGUUCUUCCUGUUUUAUACUCCCUCUCAGGGACACAUAAACCCGUUAUCAUCAUGAUUUCUGUUCUGGACCAAUCAAUGAGGUUGAAAGCGCUGCCAUCACCGUUAUUUAUCAGGAAAGACUUUGUUGUGCUAUACCUACCUCAUUUGCUGUCUGAAUGCCCUCAAUGACAGAAAGAGGUUAUAUACCAAGGAAUAAAUGAGAUGUUCAAAACCUUUCCUGAUUAUGCAAGGUGUUUUCUCACAGAAUCGCCUUAAAGACAGUCCUCUAACAUUUUAUUUGGGAUCCAGGUUAAAAUUGCCCUUUCUUUGGUUCCUUCAGGUGAAUAUCACAGCCUUUAGGUAUCUUCAAUUACCAAGUUUGUCCAGAUAAAUUGUAAAUUCUAUCUUUUUAGAGCCUGAUUUUCAAAGGUGCCACGAAUCUGUGAUACUAAAUUGCAUUAAAAGUAAAUGCAGCUGCUCAGCACUUCUGCACUAUCAGAUUCUCAACCCUCGGUUUUUCCUUUGUUACCCUUACUGCAAACAACCAAAAAUUCAACCCUACUUUUGGCACAUAGUGUUAUGUAGUUUGUAGACUGGUUGUGAAAAGGUAUUGAUUCUCCUGCUGUUAUUUCUGAUGGAUUAUUCAGCAUUGCUGAUAAUAUAUUUUUCAGCAUUUCAUACAAUGCCAAGAUUCUUAAGAUUUUUGCUUUAGAUCCAGCAGAAACCCUGAUUCUCACCACUGUGGCCUUUACUCGGUGUUCACUGGGUUGUCAUCUACAGUUUCCCAAACCAUGCUAUUUCAUUUGAUCCACAGUUAUGUUCCACUUUAUCUUAUUGUUACCCUCCUUUUUUCCCCAGCACCAAAAUUGCAUCCUUCUUUUGUUCUACUGCUGUUCCAGGGGUUUGUUCACUAGCCUCAAACUGCUGUGAUUAGAUCACUUAGAAUCAAUAUUCCCCUUUACAGAAACAAACUGAGACACAGUGAAGUCUCAUCUGCAACACAUUUUUAAUAUUGUUGCAGUGAUUAUUUUUCUGGUUUGCUAUUUCAACCUGAAUUCCGUAGCAUUUUCCUAUCGUUCCCUUUCCUCAACCAACUCUUUACCAGCGUAGAUGUGUUCCUGUCUUGCAAAUGCCUCCACAACCCACUUCUCUGCCAUGUCAUUAACCUUUAUAAACCUUUGCAUGUUGGCAGAUGCAAUGCCGUGAUGGCUGCGUGCUCAGGAUCCCUGUUCCUGGUGUGACACCUCCUGUACUGCACUUCCAUUACACACUUCUGCAUUUGCAGCUGCUCUUUUAUCCUUGGUGUUGGAAGCAGCCAGCACACCGUUACGUGAGUCUCUCCUAAGUUCCUGCAAAGGCUAUUGCAACACAAAUGAAACAUGAUUUUCCUAAGCAUCCUGUAGUCCUUGAGCUCAGAAUACGUACGCUUCCCCAGAGUCCUGCUGCUCAAGCGGGGAGGUUUCGUGGUGAUCUCUCUCUUUCAGUCUUCCUAUUGGUUCACUCUCUAGCCUAUUAAUUUUUUUUGGCAUACCAAUAUAUACUUUUCCUAUCUCUACCAUGCACUUUGGAGGACAGGCACUUUUUCUCUUCUUUUUUUUUUUUUUUUUUUUUUUUUUUAACCACAGGUGCAGGGUGAGCUUUCAAAACUUCAGUGGCCAAAAAUAACUGGGGUGCUUCAGAGCUGCAUCUCAGGUCAACCCUGUAUUCUAAGCUGUGUAUAAACUAAAACGAGCAAUCUUGACCACAACUCACCACAUUUGAUUGCAAAAUGAAGCUACUUGUGCACUUUAUACCGUAUUCUCCGUAAUAAAUAUCUGAAGUAAUCCGUUAUCAAUUACACUUUAUUUUUCCUCUUUCUUUAAAGAUGUUUGUUAUUUUAUCUAUUUUAGACUGGAAAUACUGUCCAUUAGCACAGGUUUCUUCGAGGACUGAAAUGUAUUUUUGUUUCUCUACUAAGGUGUAUUUAAGCCGCUCUCAGUUCUUGGUUAUAUUUUCUGGUAAUUUUUUUUACCCUUUUGUUUUACUUACAGACAGUUUUCCUACUUCUAGUUUUUGGUCCAUCUGAAAUAUUGCAGGAAUGUGUGAGCUGCACAGAAUGAUAAUUCUCUUGAUGGAGUCUGUAUCUCUUUUUCACUUCCAUAACCUGAGGAGAGCUGUACCUGGCUGUUGAUCUUUACCAGGCCCAGCAAACUCUCGCACGGUGCUGCUCUGCAAUGGGCGAGAUGCUUCCUCUGCAACAGGAGUUUCAUCUGUAAUCAGUGGAAGUGUCAGGGAAGUUUUGCUGUUGCUUUAGACAGUUUCCAGCUUAUUUCCUGCAAAAGGUGAUAUUCUCCUGUGAUACGACACUGCAGACGGUGGGAUUGGUGCUACCUGGCUCAUUCACUCUCUGGCUGAUGGAUCCUGGACAGGGUGGAGCCUUCCAAGUCGGGCAGUGCUGAAGCCCAAGUGCUUCUGAACAGACAGCAUCAUCAAAGAAGGUAGUGGCAUGUUUGAAGGGAAGCACAGACACCUGCCCUCGUGUUUGUUCCUAACAAGGUAAAUUCAGGAGUUCCAGCAUUGCUCUGUUCAUCUUCCAUUGAGUUGCAAAAACGCAGUUGAACCCAGUCUUUCCUCAUGCAGUAGCUCAUCCUGAACAACUUCUUCUCUGGAGCAAGAUCAAGCUUCAUGUUAUGUUAAAGUAGCUAGCGUGUGAAAAGCAUGAUGCUGCUGCAAUGGAACUCAUUAACAGGAAUAGCAAAGUCCCUUGCCUCCAUAGGUACUGAGCUCAAGGGUCAUCGUUUCGUCUGGCUGGUGGGCGACGAAACACUUCAUGCAAGCUUUUACUAUUUUAGUCUUUUUUUUUUUGCUGAGUGACAGGGCCGUCUUACAUCUUCGUACGGCUCUGUGGUCACAGAGCGUAAGGUGAGCUUUUGAUUAGUAGUGUUUGCUUUCCUCUGAAGAUGUACAAUUUGUGGGAAUUUGCCUCUAGUUCUCUCUGGUAGCUCCUCUUGCCCGUGUCUUUCUUGAAGCAGCCUGUGUUUCAGGAGUCCUGCCACUCCCACAGAGCUCCCUCUUUGUUUAAGCAAUGCUGUCACAUACUUGUCUCGUGCUGUCAAGCCUCUGCCUCUCUGGCAAUCUCUGCUUCAGCCAGAGCCUUUUGGCCCUUGUCUGAGCUCAAGGGCUUAGUGAAUCCUACGGCUUUAAAUCCAUUGGGUGUCCUGACUCCAGUGCCAGAGCUGGUGAAGCGCUUACCAGCUGUAACCUCAGCUGCCGUACAGAAUAAGAACAUUUUAUUCAUCAUCCACACCAACCCGCCAAUGUCUUCAAAGCCAUCUUCUGGCACAGUUUAUUCAAUAGAGUCCUUGCUGGAAAUCUUCCUCUAAGGUAUUCUUUCACCUUCUGACAGAACUCAUUGUGGAUCCAGUGCUGUUGGCUGGUUCCUGUUGGAGUUAAUGAGCUGAAAGCGGUGAUUCCUUUACCAUGUAGGCCAAGAGCACUUUCUCCCAUCGCUGGCAAGAUUCCAGUUGCUUUCAUGGAGGAACAUCCCAAAAGGCCUAGUUCUCCAAUAUCCAGUCUGCUUCAGGUUCACUCACAUCUGUAACUCAUGUUUGUUCAUCACUUCUGUGUGUUGACAUCUUUUGAAGGACUUCACCUGUUCCCUUAUAGGAACAUUAUUUCAUUAUGUGAUGACACUGAAAUCUUUAGAGAUAGCUUUAAUUUUUUUUUUAACGUUAAAAUAUCAUAACAACAGUGAAAGUCAUAUGGAAAUACCUGGUAUGUUUCUGGAGUACUUUUCCGCCUCUGCAGCCCUGCCUGAGCUGCUCUGGGGUAGCUGUGCUCCCCUAGUAAACACUGAAAUCAUUCUUCCUUUUAUGCGUAACAGGCGGCAUGCAAAUUCGUGCUCUCGUUCUCUUCAUCCGAUUCUGCAUCUGCGCAGUUUCAUGUUGCAGAAUUUUGCUGCUUUUUGCCCCAUGCUGCAAUGUCAGCGUGUGUAGCUGUCCUGUGACAGUGAACUACACUCAGAUCAUCUCUUUUUGGGUUUUUUUUCUAACAGGAAUUUUCUGUAGAGCUUUCACAGAAAACUUUUACAUGCUCAAUAGCCGUCAUAAUUUCUCAGACCUUCUGAGAACCUCUUUAAAUUUGUCCCUGUUUUCAAUGUCAUUAUUUAAAUAUUUGCUGCAAGUUAGACUAUGUAGAAAUGCACGCUCUUCACCUGCUCUUUGGAAGUGCUUGGCAUUCAGAGAUUUCUUGGAACACAGCAGGGAGCAUGUAGGUGAUAAGAGACUUUGAAAAUCAGGCUAACAAAUAGAAAUGCACAAGCCUCUUUUUUCCUUAGUCAUUGAGUGUAUGUAUAAGGUAAACAUUAAGAAAUGAGAACCUCAAGUACUAAUUGUAUAAGCCCUAGCUGCUAUACGUGCAGUUCUCAGGAGUGACCCUGUGUCAGGCUGUGGUAGGAGCGCAGCUCUGGAGUGUGGGCCUACAGCUCACCUGCUGAUGCAGGUGUAAAAACCCAAAUACAAAACUAAGAGAAAAAGCAGCUCUGCCCAUCUCUUUCUUCAGUCACACACGGGGACAAAAAGAGCACUGCUUACCCAGGUGGUUCCUUCACUAUCAAGCACCUUAAGAAAUCCAGACCAGCACCUUGAAGGUCCCCCUGGAAUGAGCAGAUGUGACUUCUUGGUGUGAUCCAUUGAUGGAUUGUUUCCUUCUGAAUUGAAAACAUAUUUGCUAUUUCAUGGUAGCUAGUGUGCUCCUUUGCACUGGUGCAGCCGGCUGCGUCUGUGCCCAGAGGUGGCAGUCAGAGUCUGGUGUCCUGGAGGCCGUCCUGGUCACCCUUACCUUUCCGCUUUGUGAGAACUGGGUCUUCAAAAGACAGAGUCAAAAAGGCGGUUUUCAAAACAGUGACCUUUCCUGAUCAUAGACCUUUCUGGAAAGUCUGUAGGCUUUUUGCUACCCAUCAUGUGUUGAAAUAGGAGAACGAAGUCCCAGAGGUUAACGAAGCGUUGCUGUGAAUGGUUCUUGUUGUGUGGGCAUUCCUCCCGUACUCAUACAGCGGUAGGGAGCGGCUGGCGGGUGUCCUUCCUUGCACAGCAGAGGUGUCUGACACUUUACCAGAGGAGCCUGCUGGUUACAUUUAACUUAACCAGCUGGGCAGUCACAGGCAGAUUCAAAUUAAGAACAGACACAUAGGGCAGGAAAAUAUUUAGCUGCCCAGUGGCAUUUGAGCUUCUGGAUGUGAGGCGCUGGUCUCCCUCAGACCCUGACAGGCGCAUCACUCUCUGAAUUCUGCUUAGCACAUGAAAAUCAGUGAUGAAACGUUCCCUUGUAUCUACUGCUUGAAACAGGGCUCUCCAGCUAACACCCGGUUAUGCCACUAUGUGUCAGUGCCACAGUGGUGACUGCAGAACGGUUGUUGGCCUUGGGCAGCGCUGUGGUGUCCUGCGCCCUAGCACUGGACUGUAAGUCAGGCAGAGACGCGUCAAGCCUGGCGUGCAGGUGUCCUCCAGGAGCUCGGAGCACACGGUCUUUCUGUUGCAUAAUGAUGAUGAAGUCUUUCCUGUCUUUUCUUGAAAAGCACUAUUGUAUAAAGAAUAUUCAUUAUUUUGUCCUAUAAUAGGUCUUAUUCAUAUAAAUGUGCAUCUUUCAAUUCCUGUUUUCCCUCUUCAUUGUUACUGUAGCCGACCUUCCAUUACUGAGAUAUACCAGAUUGCAUGAUCAUUUCUUUAAUUUUGAAUUUUCAUAGAGCAUCUCUGUUGCUUUAAUGUGCUGACCAAACUUCAUGCUUUUGGAUAUUUUCUGAGAGUGGUAAAUGAAAGCUUUUUGGAGGGGUUAUUUUGGAUUUUGUUUUGGAUUUUUCUUAUCAGCCACGGGGUUUGGAAGUGCAAUGUCUCCUUUUUGUGCUAGUCACAGUUUAUUUUUUCUUCCUGGGCAUUUUUUCUGAAGGGACCAACACAUAGCACAAUUUGACUUAAAUUUCUUAUCCCACGCAUUCCUCAAGGCAAAAACCUUUUGUGCCUAAUGAUGCAUCUGAUUCUAAGAAUUGUACCUGGACAAAAUCUUUCAUAGACCAAUAAAAAAUAAGUCUUAGGUUAACCGCAUAAUAAUUACAUUAAAAAUACAUUAAUUUGAAACACUCAAAUUUAAUUCCCUCAACUUACAUUAAGUUGAACUAUUUCAGGUGCAUUGUAAGAGAUAAACUCAGUGGAUAUUCAGAACGAAAGCUUUUCAGCUGCUGUAUGCACAUUCAGUGAGCGGACAAGACCAUAAUUUUGAAUAUAAGCAGUCUUUCAGGGCUACUGAUGUAACGAGUAACUGAAAUGGCUUGUAUCACAACCCUACUAAAAUUCUGCUAGUAGUUCCCCUUGAAGUGCCUCUUUAAAUGGUAUCUGCUACAAGCGUGUGAAACACACAGAUUCACCCUACAAAUUUCCAGAGCUCAGGAGCAGGCAGCGCACACAGAUCUGUGCGGGAUUUUCAACCCUCCUUCCUUGCUCCGCACCGUGCACUCUUUUAGAGCAUCCACGUUCCCAGUAGACCUGCCUUUGUCUCGUUGAGCAUUUACUGUCCAGCACAGCCAUCCUAAAUUCUCAAUACUGAAAUGGAGUAGGAAAUACUAGACUGAAGAGCAACUGCACUGAAGGAGCGUUGCUAACCUAAUCUUCUGACGCGUCCUUGGGUAUAGGCGUCUCAGUAGAAUAAGCAGGGAAUUCUGCAUAAAAAUAGUUUCGUAAGUGGCAUUUGGGGCCUAAGCAGGCCUUUAUUGUGUAAAAUAAAAAAACCAAUCUUGACUCUUUUUUAAAGCAGUUGCUGAGAAGUAAUUUUCUGGUACUGGAAGUCUAAAGCUGAAUAGUGAUUUUGGGGAUCUCACAUCUGCAUGACGUGACAAUCUUAGUCAUUUGAAUUUGGGAACGCUUGACCCAAAAUCCCUUAUUCCCCUGGAGUUUUUUGAUGUGGUGGCUGCGAUUUUCAGAAUAGCCUAAGGACUUUGGAUGUCCAUUUACCACUCCCUCACUUCAGCAGGUCAAAAAUGCUCUUUAGGAACAGCAGCCUCUAUCCACUAUGAAAAAAGCAGGUACUAGUGUUGGACAAAUAUUUUCUUCUCCUCCUUAGAUGGUUUCCUUUCUUUUGGCAGCCCAAGACAGUGUGAAAAAUCCACUAAACAGUUUUGCAGACAUUCUAACAGCAGGGAUUCAAAGGCGAGCCAGAUCACCAGUCAUACACUAAAGCAGAGUUUUCUACUAAAAUAAAGUUGCUUAUUUGGUCUUUUUUGUGUAACUUUUGCUAAAUACUUCUAAAUUUCUAGGAAAGUCGACUUUUGUCAGUACUAAUGACUUAUUUUUAAAGAUGUUUAGCCAAUAUUUUAUAACUUUCCAUAAAUUUUGGCUGAAUAGACCCCGUAAAUAGCUUACGUAUCAUUCAGCCUCUGUCUGGGUAACUUGUAAAUCUCAGAUCAUUGUGCAAAUUAUAGGGUGGCUUUUGUUCCAUAAGGAUACAUGAAGGACUCACUGAUCUUAAGAAGUUGAAUGCAGAAAAGAUUGAGGGGGCAGAUCUUCAGCUUGGGUAAACUGGCAGAGUUCGGUGGAAGCUACUUUAUGUCAGCUGUGGAUCUUGUCCUUUAGUGUUGAAGGCAUUUCCUAUACAUAAUUCUUCUGUCUUACUGUAAAACAAUUUCAUAUGGUUAAACUGUAUUUUCCUAUAUUGUUCUGCAAAUUUAUAUGCACCACAGUGCUCAUCUCAUCUCCUGUAAAAUAAACUGUAGAGACACA